ACUGUUACAAGUUACAAGAGACAACACUAUAGAACACUACAACAGUGAAACAGUAAUAGUGAGCAACAACCGACGCACUAGUGGCGACCUGUGCAACUGAAAGCGCUGAACGUUUGAUUACUGAUCCGAAGAAAAGACUGCGAUCGAUAUUCGAUUUUACAGUCGAUGGUCGUUGCCCGCUGACUGCUGUUAGUUGUUUAUUGUUAUAUACUGUAAUCGACGUGUGUGUUGGGUCUCAGUCACGAUAUCUUGUCAAUCAUGUCCGAGUCUGAGGGUAAUUCUUUCAACGAAAACGAAGAGGAUCAGGUGGUCGGACUUGUCGAGUACAUCAACGAUCAAAAUGCUGAGAUCGAACAAGCCAAUCUAAUACUUGAGGCGUCCGAAAGCGAUAGUUGCACUUAUUCUUUGGGAUAUAUGAAUCGACAAGCGUUGUACGCCUGUCUAACUUGCACUGAAAAAGACAAGGUGCCCGGUGCAGUGUGUUUGCCUUGUAUGUACCAAUGCCACGAAGACCAUGACUUGGUUGAAUUAUGGACAAAAAGGAAUUAUCGAUGUGAUUGUGGAAGUGAUAAGUUUACAUCAGAGUGUCAAUUAGAACCGUCAAAACCUGAAGCAAAUGACCGUAACAUUUACAAUCAAAAUUUUAAGGGUUUAUACUGCAUUUGUCAACGUCCAUAUCCCGAUUCUGAAAAUACUGAUGAGAUGAUACAAUGCAUUGUUUGUGAAGAUUGGUUUCAUAGCAAGCAUUUGGGCACAAAAGAUAUGAAUCCAGAUGAUUAUUCUGAAAUGAUAUGUUCUGGCUGUACAUCAAAAUUAAGUUUCUUACCAGCUUAUAAUCAUUUAAUUGUGACUGAUGAUUCUGUACAGAAUAUCGAAAAAAGUGAUGAAUCUGAGGAUGUAGAUGUUGUAGAUACGGUCAAGGAUUCUCAAGAUAAUGCUGAAAAUGGUUUAAAUGUUGUAUCCAAGGACAUGGUAUCUGAUAACAUUAAAGCUGGCACUUCUAGCGGGGAAAAUUGUAAAUUGAUAAAUGUGAAAGAUCCAAAGAAAAUUAUUGGAAGUUCUUUCUGGGUAGAAGGUUGGCGACAACAACUUUGCACAUGUUCCACUUGUAUUGAAUUAUAUAAGAAAGAAGGCGUUCCAUUUAUUACCGAUCAACAAGAUACAUUACAAGCAUAUGAAAACAAAAGUCGUGAAAGAAUGAUGGCUAAAGAAAAACAAAGUGAAGACGGUCUUUCAAAAGCUUUAUCAUCAAUGGAUAGAGUGGCAGCAGUAGAAUUAGCUCAUCAAUAUAAUCAAUUCAAAGAAGAUUUAGGAGAGUGGCUGGGCAGUUUUAAAGGCGAUAAAGUAGUUAAAGUGGAAGAUGUACAAGAAUUUUUUUCUGGUAUGCAAGCGAGGAAACGAGCUAGGAUGGAUGAUGGAAUUCCACCAAGUUUCUGUCGUUAAUUUAGUGUUCAAAACACAUUUAUAACUAUAAGUUUAAAUAUUUAUUAAUAAACAAUAUUUUAAGUAUUUCCUAGUAUUGUACUUU